AUGAGCCGGCAGUUUAGCUCCCGGUCUGCGUACCGGAGUGGAGGGGGCUUAGGCAGCUUAGGGGGCUUCAGUGCUGGCUCUGCUGGGAUAAUCAGCUACCAGCGCAGAACCACCAGCAGCUCCUCGCGCCGCAGUGGGGGAGGUGGUGGGAGAGUCUCUGGAGGCUUUUGUAGUGGUGGUGCUGGUGGCGGCGGCGGUGGUUUUGGAAGUCGGAGUCUUGUUAAUCUUGGUGGCAGUAAAAGCAUCUCCAUGAGUGUGGCUAGAGGGGGUGGACAUAGUGGUUUCGGUGGUGGUUGUGGGGGUGGCAGCUUUGGGGGUGGUGGCUUUGGGAGUUUUGGCAGUGGUGGUGGUGGAUAUGGAGGUGGUGGAUAUGGAGGUGGUGGAUAUGGGGGUGGUGGAUAUGGGGGUGGCGGAUAUGGGGGUGGUGGAUAUGGGGGUGGCGGAUAUGGGGGUGGUUCUGGGCCUGUCUGCCCCCCUGGUGGCAUACAGGAAGUCACCAUCAACCAGAGCCUUCUGCAACCCCUCAAUGUGGAGAUCGACCCUGAGAUCCAAAGAGUAAAAUCUCAAGAAAGGGAGCAAAUCAAGUCACUCAACAACCAAUUUGUCAACUUCAUCGACAAGGUGAGGUUCUUGGAGCAGCAGAAUCAGGUGCUGCAAACAAAAUGGGAGAUGCUGCAGCAGGUGGACACCUCUGUGCGAACCCACAAUUUAGAGCCUCUCUUUGAGCAAUAUAUCAGCAAGCUCAGAAAUGAUGUGGAGCAUUUGAAGAGCGAUCAAAAUCGGAUGGAUAUGGAGCUGAAGAACAUGCAAGACAUGGUGGAGGAUUACCGCAACAAAUAUGAGGAUGAAAUCAACAAGAGGACAAAUGCAGAGAAUGAAUUUGUGACCCUCAAGAAGGAUGUGGAUUCUGCUUAUAUGAGUAAGGUGGACCUUCAGGCCAAGGUUGACAACUUGCAAAAUGAUAUUGCCUUCCUUACCAUGCUCUACAAUGAGGAGCUGUCUCAGAUGCAGACCCAAAUCAGUGAGACCAAUGUCAUCCUCUCCAUGGAUAACAAUCGCAGCCUUGACCUGAACAGCAUCAUUGAUGAAGUCAAGGCCCAGUAUGAGGACAUUGCCCAAAGGAGCAAAGCAGAGGCCGAGUCCGUGUACCAGAAUAAGUAUGAAGAGCUGCAGAUGACUGCUGGCAAACAUGGAGACAGUGUAAAAAAUUCAAAGAUGGAGAUUUCUGAGCUAAAUCGGGUGAUGCAGAGACUUAGAUCUGAAAUUGACAAUGUCAAGAAGCAGAUCUCUAACUUGCAGCAGUCCAUCAGUGAUGCCGAGCAGCGUGGGGAGAAGGCCCUCAAAGACGCCCAGAACAAGCUGAAUGAUCUGGAGGACGCUCUGCAGCAGGCCAAGGAGGACCUGGCCAAGCUGCUGAAGGACUACCAGGAGCUCAUGAACGUCAAGCUGGCCCUGGACAUGGAGAUUGCCACCUACAGGACCCUCCUGGAAGGAGAAGAAAUGAGGAUGUCAGGAGAGUGUCCCCCGAACGUGAGUGUGUCUGUGAGCACCAGCCACACCAGCAUCAGUGGAGGCGGUGGACGAGGAGGUGGAGGUUACGGCUCCGGUGGUGGCGGAAGUGGUAGCUACGGUUCCGGAGGCGGCAGCUACGGUUCGGGAGGUGGUGGCGGCAGCGGCAGCGGCAGCUAUGGCUCUGGAGGUGGCGGCCGUGGCAGCUAUGGUGGCUCCGGAGGUGGCAGUUAUGGUGGCUCCGGAGGAGGCAGCAGUGGGGGCCACAGAGGUGGCUCUGGAGGAGGCGGCAGCAGCUCCGGCGGCCGGGGGUCUGGCGGCAGCAGCUCUGGCGGUCGGGGUUCUGGUGGUGGCAGCUCUGGAGGCUCUGGGGGUGUCAAGUCCUCUGGUGGCAGUUCCAGCGUGAAGUUCAUUUCCACCAGUUAUUCCCGAGGGACCAGAUAA